CUUGGGACACAUUCCUAAAAUGUUGUCCCCGACUGGUAACAUCUGGAGUGCUCCCAAGGAGUUUUCUGUUUAUGGAAUGAGGGAGCCUGAACAGGAAUGGACUCACCUGGGAACCUUUAUCUACGAGGAGGAUGGAGAUCCUCUUCAGACCUUUGAGCUACCGAGCCACGAAAAAGUGGCCUUCAGCUCUAUAAAGCUUCAGAUAAACAAUAACUGGGGCCAUCCAGAGUACACCUGCCUCUACAACGUCCGAAUCCAUGGAGAGAUCGCUUAAUCAGAAUG